AUGGGGGGAGGCGAGGCGAGGCGGGCGUACCACGGGGUACAAGAAGCCAUACGGCAGCCCCUGUGGCGGCGCGUGGCAGAGGUGUUUGGGCGCGUGGUGGCGCUGCAGCAGCGCGUGCAGCACUACCGCGACCUGGGCGGGUUCGUGGUGCUCAUGGCUUUCUUCAUCACCAUCCUCUACAUGCAAGCUGAUUCUUCUCGAAGCUACGAGAUCACCGCCGCGCAUGCCGUGCUCUUCCCACCCGUAUGCCCCUCCCCUACCCCAAUCCCUGCUCUUCUCCCCUGUAUGCUCCCCCUUACCCCACUCCGUGCUCUUUCCCCCCCCCCGUGUGCUCCCCCCUUUACCCCCACUUCCCACGUCUUCCGUCGCCUCCCCCAUCUGACUGUAUGCACCACCUCUUGCGCGCGUGCACUCUGCGCGCGUGCGCGUCAACACUACCCCUGGCCCCUUGCCUCUCGCCCUCUCCGCUCAGCUGCCCCCUUUGUGCACCUUCUCCGCAACUCUCCUCACUCGCUUCCUCUCAACCUCCGCCCUGAGUGUGUCUCUCCCCGCCCACCACGAGAGCAGGGCAUGCGUCAGGACGCCUCAAACACCUUCAACGGCCCCGAUGACUUCUACAACUGGCUCAACACCAGCAUCCUGCAGAGCCUGUGGGCGGACCCCAGGUGUGGUACCGGCUUAUGCGAGCGGCCCUUCCAAUACCCCGCGUUUGGCCGCUUUGGCUGCGAAGCAGACUGCGGCAUCUUCCCCAACCUCACCUCUGUCGUCAUCCGCCUCUCCUCUCAGCUCGACACGCAGCAGGCUGCAGACAAAUCUUCUUGGAACCUCUGCAUGGUCAACCCGGUCUCCCUCUGCUGGUAUGCUCGCCCUCCUCCCGCCUCUCUCUGCUCUUAUUGA